UUGCUCUCUUUUUUCGCCAUCGCAGUAGCCACAGUCUAUGGUCAAGACCAUUAUGGUAACUAUGGACAUGGGGGACUCGAAUACGGAGGAGAUCAUCAACAUUUACAAGAGUACAUUGAUUACAGGGCAGAACCAAAAUACCACUUUAAUUAUGACGUCCACGAUUUAAAACACCAUGACAUUAAGAGCCAACAUGAAGUCAGAGACGGCAAAGAAACUAAGGGCCGUUAUGAACUUCUCCAACCUGACGGAAGAAAAAGGAUUGUUGAAUACGUUGCUGGUAAACAUGGAGCUGACUAUAAAGUACGAUAUGAAGGCAAAGCGAAUCAUGGAGGUUAUGGAGGAUACUAA